AUGAAACAAAUCACACUUUCUAAACCUAAAGUAGAAAGUGACUUUAAUAAACUAGCUCUAGUUAUUAUCUUUGCUUUAUGCUUUUAAGGAAUCACAGCUUAGGUACCAACACUAAAAUUUAUGUUGGACUCAAAUGAAUGCUCAGUUAAUUAUGGGUCAGGUCUAUCAGCUCAAAUUGAAAACUUAGUCUAAUAAUUGUAUACUUGCGAAGAAGUAGCCUUAGAUUUUGAUUAAGAUGAUUAAAAACUGUAUUAAUUUGUUACCUUUCAUCAAAUUCAAAAUCAAUUUGAAAGUGCACCUGAUGAGUUUAAGCUUUAGUAUUAAAAGUCUAACUUGCCAGAAUACUUUUUAUAUAAAGAAUUUACUCAUAAAGAAUCCUCAUGUGGUGAUUAUGAAAUUCUUGGUAUGCUUGGAAGUACAUUUAAUGAUUGUUAUUAUUGUUUGGGAACAAAAUAAUGCACCAGAAAAUCAGAAAUAGUGGCAUUAAAUAGCGAUUUAAAUGAAGCAUAUGUCGAAGUCUUUUAAUUAUUGUGGAAUUGUAACAAUCCAGAUAAUUAAAUCGAAGUAACAGGAUAAUAUGGCGAAAUUACUGAAAAAUAACUUUUAGAGACUAAUAAAAAUGGAUUCGAUAAAGUAUGUUUUAUGUGCAAAAGUUAAAAUUGCAGUAUUUGUACAAACGAUCUGUCUUCAUGUAUUGAAUGUGAUGAAGGAUAUCAUAUGUAAUAAGGAGGAGUUUGCAUUACAUGUCCUUUAGAUAAAUGUUCUCAAUGUGAUAUGAAAAAUGAAUCUUUCACUUGUUAAGAAUGUGAAGAAGGAUUUUAUUUACUUAAUGGUGAGUGUGUUGAUAAAUGCCCUUCAAAUUACAAAACUACAUAAACAUAAUGUAUUCAGUGUUAAUAGGGUACUUUUGCUUAGGGAGAUACAUGUGAAUAAUGCUCAGAAUUUUGUUAAGUAUGCACAGGCCCUUCUUUUUUGCAAUGCUCGUAAUGCUAUGAAGGAUAUAAUUUUGAUUAAAAAGAAGGCUGUAUUAUCUAAGAUUUUGGUUUGACUCUUUCAUUCAAACCAAAGACAUUUAUAGAUCCUAUAACAAAUACUGAGAAAGAAUGCAAUUUUUCAUGUGAUGAAUGCAUUGACUCCUCUGAUCUUUGUACAUAAUGCAACCCUAAAUUAAAUUACUUCAUUAAAGUAGAUGAUAGGUUUAGAUGCUACAACAGAUGCCCUCUUUACUUCGAACCUAGCUAGUCAACUGAAGAUUAGUAAAAUAAGUAAAUUGAGUGCGUCAAAAGCGCAAGAUACACAUCUGAUCUUGAAGAAGCAGAUAAAAUAAGAAGUGAAGCUAAAAACAGAUGCCCUAAAUAACAAUACUGGGAUAUCUUAAGAAAACAAUGUUAGAAGUGCACUAAUAAUUGUAUUUCUUGCAGCAAUGACUCUUCUUGUCUUGAAUGUGAACCUGAUUAUUACUGGAACGAUGAUCAUAAAGCAUGUUCUCCAUGUCACCCAUCUUGUAAAAAAUGUACAGGUCCACUCUCUAAUUAGUGUUUGCUUUGUGCUAGAGGAGAAAAAUUAUUCUCUAAUGCUGAUGGAGUUUGUGAAGAAGCUGUUUCUCACUUUUCACCAUAGUAAAAAAUUUUCUCUCAAAAUGAAAUUUAUGGAGAUUUGUAAGUUUGCAAGGAAUUCUUAAACUAAAAGCCAAGCUAUUCUGUAGAAUUUUCAUAAAAAUUCUCAAUUAGUGAUAGUUAAUGGGAAACUAUUUAAAUGAUGCCUAUAAAAACUUGCACAUUUUAAGAAUUCUAAAAUCGCUACAAAUAUUUCUAAAAGAACAAAUAAAAUUGUGAUGACAAAGAAAUAUCUUAAUCUUCUGUUGGAAAAAAUGGAGAAUUGGUUGCUAUUUACUCAAUGCUCUUAUCAUAAUCAAGAGCUUAAAUUUCUUCAAAUGAGGUUAAUCCUUAAACAUUAGUUGACUACGCUAUUAGCAAAGACUUCUUUAGUUUUAGCUUUAUUUUCAAUCCAACUAAAACUUUCGAUUGCAGUCAUCUCUAAUGUGUCUCUUAAUUAGAUAGUUUACUUUAUGGUUUUUCUAAAAGUGAUAACACAAAGGAAAUCAUUAUAAAAACAGAAAAAGAUAUUAUUCUUACUUCUGAAAAAUAAACUCCAUUAAAUUGCUUCUAGAAUGGCUAAUAAGUUAACUAAAACACUGUUGAAGAAAUCGAACAGAUUGUAAAUAGUUCAUAAUACACAUUAAAUACUGCUUCAAAGUAGUAUUUUAUAUUGUACUUAUGUGGAAAAAAUUAGCUAGGUAACUUCUCUUAAAAGCCUUUGCUUGUGCAAAAAUAUUUGGGAAAUGGCUUCUUUGAGGUGAUAAAUGUAAGUAAUCCAUUGUCUUCUUAAGUUGAGGUCAUAAAUUUAUAUGGUGCUUCAACCUAAUAAAAUAGUUAUUUAAAAAAUUGCAAUACUUAGUUAUCUAACUCUUUUACUUCAUAUAAUGUCUAAAAAGUAAGAGUUAUUUAAGUAAUCGAAUAAGAUCGAGGCACUGAUAAGUCAGAGUUGAUGUUCUAAUAAUACAAUAGUAAAGUUAGUUCAGCAAAUACUAUUCCAACUAAAUGCUCUUGUCCUGAAACAAAAGAAUACAUACUUGGAAACGAAAACUAAGGCAGCUAAUUUAUCACAGUUAUUACUCCUCAAAAUAAGAUUUUAACAGAGUCAAUUAAUGUCUAAGAUAUAAGCCACAUUUUAAAGAAAUAUAACAUAGAUGCAGACAUUAUGAAGGCAAAUCGUUUAUCAAUAACUAAAAUAGAAGCUAAUUUAUUGUUCUAAGAAUACAUUGAAGAAACUAUUGAAAGCGCAAAAAAAUGCUAUGGAAUCAGCAACUCAACUCCCUUAUGCAUGAUAAAUAUUUUAGCAGAUCUUUUAUUCUCUAGUAACUUUGAAUGUUAGUUUUCUCAAGAAAUAACAAGCAUCAUUAAGAAGUCUGAUUUUAGAGGACUAAAUAAUUUUAUUAAAAAAUAAAAUUGGUGUAAUCUUCAUUAAGAAAGAUGUUUAAAAGCGCAACAAACCAUGAAAAGUUGUAUUUGA